AUGGCUCCGCACGGCAACCUCGGACGCGUCGAGUGGCUCUCGCACAUCAACUCGCAGCUCGCCGACGCCCGCCGCCUCAUCGCCGCCGGCGACGCCCGGGUCAUGCGCGUGGCACACUUCGGCGCCGCGCCCGGCAGCAACCCGCUGACGAUGUACCAGCUCGUCGACCGCGCCGGGCGCAACGCCUGGAUCGUCAACAUCCUCGGGCCGCACGAGGCUCUGCCGGCGCCCAGCAACGUCGUGCCCGUCACUGCCGCCGGCAAGCGCAAGGCGCGCUGCGACGACAUGGACGACGGCGAGGACGACGCCGAGCCGGCGCCGCGCGCCGUGCGUGCACGCCGCGCAACCGUCAAGCAGGAGCGGCCAGCCACGCCCGAGGCCACGUCGGACGACGACGACGACAUGGCCACGGCCUCGUGCAUCGCCUCCGUCGCCGGCCCAAGUCAGACGCUCCCGCUCGCCUCGUCGCGCCCGCCGCGCCAGCUGCAUCGGCCAAAGGACAUGCUCGCCCGCUCCGACGCCGCACCCGCCUCCAACGCCGAGCCGCGCCACUUUGGCUACCCCGCCACGGCCGCCACCACCUCUCGCGCCUCGUCGCCCGCCGCAUCCGACGCCUCGCUCGCCACGCUCCGGCCGCCGCACCACCACUCCUCCGCCUCGCCGGUGCACGAGUGGCUCGAGCGCGCGUCGGGCGUCGCGCACAUCGGCCUCGACGCCGAGCCCAUGCAGCUGUGA